GGGACAAGGUACAACAGUAAAGUGGGGUGAGGAGCUUUGAUUUAGUCAGGCCACAGGCUUGUCUAUUAGACAGAAAAGUGCUUUGUCGCCGUCUUGUGGUACCUAUAAGCAAUUAAAAACCUUUUUUGCUGUCCGUCAAUUACAGAUUUUUGAUAUUCGCGGCAUACCGAUAUCAAUCCGAUCCGAUUUUAGCACUAAUCAUACAUAAUUGUUUUGUAGUAUGGAUUAUUAGAAAAGGCUUGAUCAAGUGUUUGUUCUCAAACACAGAACAAUAAUCAGCAACAGUAGGUAUACGACUUACACAUUUGGCGCUGUUUGCUCCUACACGACAUAACGCAACUGUAGUUCACCAAUCACACGACACAAAACGGUCACAUGACCGCACACAACGUCUUCUAUUGGCCUUUGCGGACAUAGGUAUAAACACUAGAUACACCAUCCCAGCUAAUUGACCUGCUUACGUGGCGGCCAUGUCGUUCCCAUAAAGGGCAAUUGCGCGCAUCUGUUUCAUUUCAUUUCAGAUGACAAAAACAACGGCUUUCAUGCAUUUUAUUAUUUUCCUAGCAUUGUCUGCCCAAACGUGGAUAUUCCAGCCCACUUAUAAGUUGCGAAAACAGCUUGUGGAUCCAGCCUCCCUUCUUUCACUUGUACUCAUGAACUGGCCGCCACCUCCUCCCAGAGAAUGAAGACAACUCGGAGAUGCAGGACUCUUCUUUCGGUGGGCUUGAACUUCUUUGCCUUGUUCUUCUCCAUCACGGCUUUCAUCACCACCUACUGGUGCGUGGGGACACAGAGGGUGCCCAAGCCCAAAUGCAGCAAACUGCGGACCCACCAGUGCAUUGACUACGGCGUCAACGAGACCGACCCAAACAAGGUGGUCUACAGCUGGGAGACCGGAGACGACCGUUUCCUCUUCCGCCAGUUCCACACUGGAAUCUGGUUCUCGUGUGAGGAGAAUAUCCACGAUGAAAGUGAGAGAUGCCGCAGCUUCAUUGAUUUGGCUCCUGCAUCAGAGAAAGGGAUGCUUUGGUUGUCGCUGGUAUCAGAGAUGCUGUACAUUAUUCUGCUGGUGGUGGGCUUCAGCCUCAUGUGUUUGGAGCUUGUCCAUACCAGCAACGUCAUUGACGGACUCAGACUCAAUGCGUUCGCUGCUGUCUUCACUGUGCUCUCAGGUCUUCUGGGCAUGGUGGCUCAUGUGAUGUACACGCAGGUCUUCCAGGUCACUGUCAGUCUGGGCCCUCCUGACUGGAGGCCGUAUAACUGGGAUUAUGGCUGGUCCUUCUGCAUGGCCUGGGCAUCCUUCACCUGCUGCAUGGGUGCAUCGGUCACCACGCUCAACUCCUACACAAAGACUGUCAUAGAGUUCAGGCACAAACGCAAGACCUUUGAGCAGAGCAUUCGGGAGGAAAACGCAAGAGAGGCUUUUGAAUAUUUCCGAGAGCCAUCUGCGCACUCCAUCUCUAAGUCUGUGGAGGUCUAUUCCAGCCAAACCCUUACGAGUGGCAGGAAGACACCCAUACCGGCGGACUCCUUAGACCUGAGUGACAUUCGGAUCUCUCUGGGGGAAGAACAGUGCUGAAAUUGGCAGGACAGCUUCAUUUGAGGCUGCUUGAUGGAUGGAUGAAGCCUGGUGGUGUUCAUUUUGAGAUAGGAACACCAACAUGCACUUCAGACCAGACAUUUAAACACUGCCUUUAAUCUCGUCGCAGGAAGUGGGAGUUAUUGAACAAUCCGAGCCAGCUGAGAACAAAACGACUGAUGUACGAUGAUGGUGUUGCUUUUUAAAAUGUACAUGUUAAAGAAAGUGUUGUAUAGUAUAUUCCCAUGAUUCCAGUGAAGGUCACAGAUGCAUCUAGCCUUACUGAACAUAUUUCUUCAACAGCAACAACAAUCACUGUAAAUGACUAACGAUAAUGAGAUUUGCACUGCUUUUCAAUUUAGAACUAAAGCCAUGAAUGCUUUCAGCUAAUCUUGUGCCUACAGACAUAAAAUUGUGCUGAUGUAAAUCA